AUGGAUCGAUUACUGCGUCGUGGCUCGUCGUCGGCCAGAGCCAGCGAGUACAGCGACGGCGAUGGAAGCGCAUUGAAGCUCCCUCAGAACGUGGAGGACACGCUAGCCAAAGUUUUGCCCUCGGAGGACGUGUUGGACCGACCUGAGUUCGAUGCGCGCGAGUUCAUCAACCGAAACUUUCCGGACGAGCAGAGUCUGGGGGAGAUUGGUGAUUUUGUGAGCCGUCUCCGCGGGCGUAUGAAGGAGCUCGACGACUCGCUGUCUCAGGCGUCACAAGACCAGAGUUUAGCGGCACAUCAGGCGCUUGUUGGUCUGAAGGAAGCGAAAACGUCGAGUCAGCAGCUUUUCCACAAGAUCCACGAUAUCCGAGGUAAGGCAGAGCAGUCCGAGGUCAUGGUGCAGGAAAUCUGUCGCGACAUCAAGCAGCUCGACUAUGCUAAGCGCCAUCUGCAGACCACGCUCACGGCGCUAAAGCGGCUGCACAUGCUGGUUAAUGCCGUUGAUCAGCUAGAGUUUAUGUCCUCGCAACGUAAUUAUCGCGAGGCCGCAUCUUUGCUCGAAGCUGUCAACCAACUCUUCACGCACUUCGACGGCUACACAAACGUCAGUAAGAUCGUCGAACUGCACAAAACUGUGCGCACAUUGCAGGAAGAACUUGGUGGACAGAUCUUUGCCGACUUUCGGUCUAUUGGCCCCAUGGAGUCGUUGGAGGACAAUUUUCCAUCCGAAGAAGAACGACAAGCUGUCUUUGCCAACCUCGCGGCUGCGUGUGCAGCUGUCGAUGCCUUGGGCAAAGCAACCAGAGAGAAACUGGUCCAUUUAUUUUGUGACGAACAGUUGAUGUCCUACGAGAGACUUUACGGGGACGGGGGAGAGUGCGCUGGGUUGCACCAGGCUGAAACGAGAUACACGUGGUUCUACAAUCUCCUCGCUGCCAUCGACGAUCGCUUGAACGCUAUUUUCCCAAAGCAUUGGCGAAUGGCUCGACGGAUGUGCAUUCGGUUCUGUGAACGAACGCGGACCCAUUUACUUGCACAAAUAGGAGCGCACACUCCGGACGAGAUGGACGUGACUUUGCUGCUGAAGUCUCUACAACGAACGCUCAUGUUUGAACGUGACGCAGCACAGCGCUUCGAAGGGAUAGCCGAUGGAGAAGAGCUUCAGGAAGUGGAACUGGACGAGAACGGCGAUGCCAUUGACCCACAUUCCGCUGAAGGAAUCAAGAGAAAACAUCGUCGCAAGAAGCGUGAGGCGGAGCGUAAGGCGCUAGAAGAAGAAAUGGAGAAGAACGGUGAGCUCACGGACGACAAUAACCAGGGCUUGCCGACUAUUCGGGGAAUGAUAUCUCGUUCAUUCGACCCGUUCAUGACGGCGUAUGUAGCACUGGAGCGUAAGAACAUGGAGCAGAUGAUCAACGAGGUGAUGAGCGCCGAGUUGGUGGAUCGGAACGGCCAGCUGCCAGUGUUCUCGAGCUCCGUGAACAUGUUUGCCUAUAUUCGCAAUUCAAUUAAACGAUGUACGGCCCUGACAAACGGCCAGACGUUCUUUGACCUCCAGAACGAGUUCAAACACUGCUUUCAGCUCUACUCCCAACGGCUUCUCGCGAAACUCCCUGCUGCCUCGACUGGGCCAUCAGGCGGUCUGGAUUCUUCAAGCAGUGGUGCGAGCAACAAGGUCAAAUUGAGCGAUAAACAGGAAGAGGAACUAUGUUUCGUAAUCAACACGGCCGAGUACUGCGCUGAGACGCUGCCAUCUCUGGAGGAAGUAAUUCGAGCGAAGAUUGACAAGGCGUUCAGUGAAGCCAUUGAGUUAUCACAAGAGAUCGAUACGUUCCACGACGUGGGCGCCGCAGCUAUGAAGUGUAUCGUUGCUGGAUUGGAGACGUCGCUGGAUGACGAUUUGAACGCACUCCACAAGGCCAACUGGCAGACAUGGGAAGCCGUGGGCGACGAGAGUUUGUACGUUACGCAAAUGGGCGAGAAGCUGCAGACGUUUGUGCCGGUGUUGCGCCAAAUGCUGUCUGGACUGUACUUUACCAACUUUUGCGAUAAGUUCGCGGCGUCCUUCGUGCCCAAGAUCUUGCAGGCCGUGUUCAAGUGCCGAAGGAUGAACCAGGUAGCAACGCAGCAACUUCUUCUUGACGUGUACGCUCUCAAGACGUUGUUCCUUCAACUGCCAGUGCUGAACAACGACGGCUUCCAAUCCUCUUCCACCUCAACGAGCUCAGCGACGAUCCCGUCGCGUUACACCAAGUUCGUCUCGAACGAGAUGGCGACGGUGGAAAACGUGCUGAAGCUCAUUGGCACUCCGAACGAAAUGCUCGUCGAGAGCUUCAAGAUCAUGUGGCCUGAGGGUUCUGCGGAGGAUUUUCAGAAUAUUAUGGCUGUGAAAGGGCUCAAGAAGAGUGAGCUGGCGGCGUAUCUCGACACAUUGGGGAUGCAGCGCAAGCCCACGGGUAAGAUCGCGGAAAUGGAGGGCAAGAUGAGCGACAUGACGGAGAACUGGAAGAAAAACAUGCAGAACUUUGCCAAGGUGCCUUUCACAUUCACGGGCGGAAUGAACACCAAUGCACAUCAACAGGGCUAG